UCGUCGUGUUUUGAACGGUUGGCACACAGUGUUUCCCGAGCGGAGCGGAUCGAGCGGACUACGCCACUAGUUUUCAAUUGGGUGCGCAAAAAAAGAAAAAAGAAAAGAAACAAAACCAAAGGAAAAGGCUGGAAAAUAAGAGGCCCAAGACAACGGCACAAAUCCCUAAAUUAUAUUUGCAGUUUUAAAAAUCAGCGAGUUGGGAAAAUCGAGAAAAAUAAUUGAAUAAACAACAAACAUAAACAGUGGCAUGCAAACGAGCGGCCGAGGGCAGCAUUUUCAGCGCACAAAUUGUUCAAACACAGUCGAAGCAGGAGAACAAAGGACCAGCAGCCCAGGAGCGGCGCUGCAAAAGUGCAACAGCUGCACAGGAAACCGAAUUGAACCGAAAGGCAAGCAGAAGCGAGGCCGAGCCGCACGCACGGAAGCCCCCAAUCCAAAUUGAAAUAAAAAUUCAAAUCUAAGCCAGGAUCCGAGACCAGUUCCAAGCCUGAGAGUUGCCAGAUUCCCGAUUUCAACGCUGCUGCGGCGGGAGAAUGUGUAGUGCAACACACGAGCGGCAGCUUCAAGUGGCAACUGUGGCAGCAGCGGCGAACACAACCGGAUAAUAAGUCGUAGUAGAUGCGGCCAGCUGCGCCGGGCAGGUAUCCCGUAUCCGCCAGAGACACCAGCUUCGUUCCGGACCGUAUCCAGCGUGCAGCAGCUUCCGCGCAGCGCAGCCCGAGAGUGUGAUUAGUGCCAGUGACGUCACGCCAAAGUAGGACACCGCCGCCCAUCGCCGACCGUCGCACCGCCCGUCGCUCCGCCCUGCGCACUAGCGUCAUGGCCUCCGUACGGCAGAGCAGCCUUCUGCCCGCCACCUCCUCCUCCUCCAUCCUUUCACUUCCGCUGUCGCUGCCGCUGCCCCUGUUCCUGGUGCUGUCGCUGCACCUGACCGGCGUUUGCGGCGUCAUCGACCGCCUGGUGGUGCAGACAUCCUCCGGCCCGGUGCGCGGCCGCUCGGUGACGGUGCAGGGACGCGAGGUGCACGUCUACACGGGCAUUCCAUAUGCCAAGCCACCCGUCGAGGAUCUGCGCUUCCGCAAGCCGGUGCCGGCGGAGCCCUGGCACGGCGUCCUAGACGCCACACGUCUCUCCGCCACCUGCGUUCAAGAGCGUUACGAGUACUUUCCGGGCUUCUCCGGCGAGGAGAUCUGGAACCCCAAUACAAAUGUGUCCGAGGAUUGCCUGUACAUCAACGUCUGGGCGCCGGCCAAGGCACGUCUCCGCCAUGGACGCGGUGCCAACGGGGGCGAGCACUCGAAUGGCAAGCAGGCGGACACCGACCACCUCAUACACAACGGUAAUCCGCAGAACACGACCAAUGGACUACCCAUUCUGAUCUGGAUAUACGGUGGUGGCUUCAUGACCGGUUCGGCCACGCUGGACAUUUACAAUGCCGACAUCAUGGCUGCCGUGGGCAACGUUAUAGUGGCCUCCUUCCAGUAUCGAGUGGGAGCCUUUGGGUUCCUGCACCUGGCGCCGGAGAUGCCGUCGGAGUUCGCUGAAGAGGCGCCCGGUAACGUGGGCCUCUGGGAUCAGGCCCUGGCCAUUCGCUGGCUAAAGGACAACGCCCACGCUUUUGGCGGCAAUCCGGAAUGGAUGACCCUGUUUGGGGAGUCGGCGGGUUCCAGUUCGGUUAAUGCGCAGCUCAUGUCGCCGGUGACCAGGGGCGUGGUCAAGCGCGGCAUGAUGCAAUCCGGCACCAUGAAUGCACCCUGGAGCCACAUGACCUCAGAGAAGGCUGUGGAGAUUGGCAAGGCGCUGAUCAAUGACUGCAACUGCAAUGCCUCCAUGUUGAAGACCAAUCCCGCUCAUGUGAUGAGCUGCAUGCGAUCGGUGGACGCCAAGACCAUAUCCGUGCAGCAGUGGAACUCGUACUCUGGCAUUCUCAGCUUCCCCUCGGCGCCGACCAUCGACGGGGCCUUCCUGCCGGCGGAUCCCAUGACGCUGAUGAAGACGGCGGAUCUGAAGGACUACGACAUCCUGAUGGGAAAUGUCAGGGAUGAGGGCACUUACUUUUUGCUGUACGAUUUCAUCGAUUACUUUGAUAAGGACGAUGCAACGGCUCUGCCGCGGGACAAGUACUUGGAAAUUAUGAACAACAUUUUUGGCAAGGCAACCCAGGCGGAACGCGAGGCCAUAAUUUUCCAGUACACCAGCUGGGAGGGUAAUCCGGGUUUCCAAAACCAGCAGCAGAUUGGACGCGCCGUGGGCGACCACUUCUUUACCUGCCCCACCAACGAGUACGCCCAGGCUCUGGCGGAGCGAGGUGCCUCCGUGCACUACUACUACUUCACACACCGCACGAGCACAUCGCUGUGGGGCGAGUGGAUGGGCGUGCUGCACGGCGACGAGAUUGAGUACUUCUUUGGCCAGCCGCUGAACAACUCCCUGCAGUAUCGGCCUGUGGAGCGGGAGCUGGGCAAGCGGAUGCUCAGCGCGGUCAUCGAGUUCGCCAAGACGGGCAACCCCGCCCAGGAUGGCGAGGAGUGGCCCAACUUCUCCAAGGAGGAUCCCGUCUACUACAUUUUCAGCACGGACGACAAGAUCGAGAAAUUGGCUCGAGGUCCUUUGGCGGCCCGCUGCUCCUUCUGGAACGACUAUUUGCCGAAAGUCAGGAGUUGGGCAGGCACUGGCUGCAAUGGCGACUCGGGAAGUGCUUCCAUAUCCCCCCGGCUGCAGCUGCUCGGCCUCGCCGCCCUGCUCUACGUCUGCGCUGCGCUGCGAACCAAAGGGGUUUUCUAAAAGAAAACCACACCCGGCAGUAUCCAAAACACACACUGAAACACACUCACACCCACAUCCACACCCACUCACAGCCACACACACACUUAAAGUUAGAACACGCAUAUAUUAAUAAAAUGUAGCAGGCGGCAGGAGGAACCCGAGAUUUUUACGUAGGCGCAGGAGAAACCGUGUAGAGCAGGAGAUUUGUUUACGGAAUUUAGUAGAAUCGGUAGAGCAAGCUGACGGCGAUUGCUGAACAUUUGUAAAUUGAACUUAGAGCUCUCCGCACCCGAGGGAGUCACUGGUCGGCAGAGUGAAUCCUGCCCAGCGCGGCCGGACUUCCGUCUCCAGAGACCACGACCACUGUAGCCCCAGGCCAGGAGCCAUAGGCCAGGCCCAAACCAAAUUGUUUUGUGUAGCACAAUGCUAAAUUGCUUAAUUUGAGUGAAAUUGAAGCGGAAAUAAUGGCGAAAUUUUUUGAUAAUUAACGAGUAUAGAAAGAGCGCAGCAACAAGAUGUUUGUCAUGGCUCCGCGGCAGCCAAAAAAGGAACAAAGUUUUGGGAUGCGUUUAUCGAGUGACAGGUGACAGACACAGAUACUUUUUGCCACGCCCACAUUCUUGAGCGAUCUUUGAGCGCAUUUAAUCGCACAAUUUUAGCCUUCAGUUUGGAAAAGUCCUUGUAGCCUAACGAUAUUUGGCCAAAUUGCAUUGGUUUCAUACUUAGGUUGAGGGUUCGUUUGAUUUCGAUUUACUUUCCCAAGGAAAUACGACACGCUAGAGGAAAAUUGUAACCACACAAAAGAUCAAGAUUCUUAUGAGAAAACCCAAAUGGACAUUUUUUGGAAGAUCCACAAUUGUAUUGUACAAAAAAUUGGCAUUGGUUUUUUAGGAGGACGAAGCUAAAAGUAAAAAAAAAACAACAAUUGGAUUAACGAACGUGGCCCCCAAGUCAAGCACAACCCAAAACCAAUUUUUUUCGAAGCGAACAAAAUUGAGGAAAGCGAUCGGAGAAUUAUGAUGUUUAGCAUAGUUUGGGGCGAGGACGAGGAAGAUAUUUAUAAUGCAAAACAUAUCAGUAUAUUAUACAUACAAAACAAAUAUAUAUAUACAGAUUAUUGUAUUUGUACUAAACGUUUUACAAAUUGGCUUAGUGAGACCUUGGACGGAAGGAGGAGGAAAUGAUUUGAAUACUGAAUAAUGAAUAAUGGUAAUUAGAAAUUUUAUACACAUAGCGAAAUUGGAUCAAUGAUUAAACACAAACGUAUUGUAUAAUGAAAACAUAUAUGUACUUGGUAUGUCUAUAUCUAUAAAUAAAUAUUGUUCAAAACGUAAAUCCAAAAAUGAAAAAUGAAAAAUGAAAAUUAAUAAUGAAAAAAUAAAAGUGAAAAAAGAGAAAAAUGAAAAAUGAAAAACGAAAGAUCAUUGUCAAACCCUAGAGUUCAGUGUGUGUCGCAGACUAAAUGAGAGCUAAUGAGUAAUCGUAACGGUAAUCGUAAUUGUAAUCUGUAAUCGUAAUCGUAAUCUGUAAUCGUAUUAAAGCAUAUCAAUAUGUAUUAACUAUGGAAAUCGAAAACCUUUCGAAAUUUACUAAGGUAAGCCACACUGAUAUUAAGUAAGUUAUUUUUAUCAACAAUUAUUAUAAUACCACACACUAUCUGAUAAUACAUAGAUCCAGCAAGUAUUAGACUUAUGAAGAACAACAACAUUAACUGUUUGCUAACAUUUAAACGUUUUAAACCCAACCAAUAAAUUCCAGAGAUUAAAAAGAAAACCACAAAAACCGAGCAAAGUCCGAAAACAAAACGAUUAUUGUAUUUUAUUAGGUAUGAACUGUGGUCGUCGAGGCCUACUGAGCGAUGUUCGCUUUCAACUGUAGCAUUAACGUAGGAAUUAAUGUGAAUCUCUAGCCAGAUGACGAGCGACACACUGUAUUCGAAUCCGUUAUAUCCGCUACUACUCGAACUCGUACUCGUACUCAACACACACCAAUGCAAGCAACGAUAGCAAGCCACUCACGUAGACUCCCCCAGUACUGCACCGCGAUAAACAAUUAACGAUUAACGAUUAAUUCCACACUUGAAGCGAACCGGAGGGAGGAAGGAUUUACGACAGAUCCGCAAGGCAUUCCUAAGUUACCAAUUACUUUAAAUACUUCUAAACGGGACAACCAAGAGCAAGCUAAUAAAUCGAAAAAAAAGAAUAUAUAAUGACACUGCAUGAUGCAAAAUAAUAACUUAAACAAAUGGAUUUUUUAAGUAUAUGUGGAACAUUUAUAUUUUUAUACCAAGAAGCAAGAAGCGAAAUGAAAACAAAACAAAACAAAACCGAAAUUGCAUUAAUUGAGGAAGAUAUUAACCAAAAGAUGAAUAACUUUAACAUUUUUUACUAAGCCAUUGUCGAACCAGUGCGAGACGAACUCCAAGAUAACUAGCUUUAAUCCCUGUCCCCUAUCCCUAUGAUUGCACCACGUUCGCCUCUUAAACUAUAAACUGAAACCUAAAAUAAAAGUAAAUGGAAAAUUAAGUAAAUGAAGAGUACAUAAAGAAACCGAUUCCAAGACUAGACUUUGGUAGUUAAUCCUGUAAUUCUGUAGAGACGAGUGCGCCCAAGCGAGUGCUGCCUGUGGUCCCCCGAUGCCCGCCUGGCCGCCCUCCAAGGUCGGGUGGAGCAGCCCGGGGAUGGCCAGGACAGGAUUGGCUGUGGGCCCACUCACCAAAUGCAUAGAGUUAGUAUACAUAUACAUAUAGAAGCGAGAGGAGACGAUAUGGGAACGAAACCGAAAUCGAAAAUACAUGAAUUUAGUGUGUAUUAUGCCUUCUGCCUUCGACAAAGACAAAGAGAAGUGAAAAUGUAUUACGAGCGUACUCAUUCUACUACGACUUUGUUGUCACAUUUGAUAUUUGUAUGCAUUUUCUCAUUGUUUUCGUCUCACCCGAAAUUAGGAAUAUUUUUUGUCAUUUUGCAUGGUUUUCGGCUCAAGCCAAAGAAUUGACAAUAUAAUAUUUCGCCUUAGAAGCAAAAGAGCAAACGAAUGAAAGACAAAUUCCAAGUGUUAUGCUUAUAGAUCUAAAUUUUUAUACAUGGACAUGGACAUGGACACUUCGUCGUCUCAUUUUUGGUGAACGUGCACACUAAUCGCCACUCGUAUGAUUUGAAUAGAUUAAAGCUUUCGUUGCGGUUCUUCCAAGUCACCCUUAAAGUAUAUACGAACACGAUCCUACGAUCUUACACAGUUCCCCCACAUCCUUACACUCAUUUCCAUCACAUACCCACUCAGUGUGCUUUUGCUGUAGUAGUCUGCCAAUUGUAAAAGAAUUUAUAUAUAAACGAAACGGAAACGGAAACACACAUAUUCUAAUCUAUGAUAAUAAAGAAAGCAUGCUGAUUCCACGCACACACACCCCGCAACCCGCAACCAGCAACCCUCAUCACACCCACACUUCAUAGAAGGACAAAGUAGGAAUAGGAAAUACACGAGCAGAAUCCUUAGUCGGUUAAAGGUUAUUGUGUUUGUGUUUCGUGUAAGCAACAAGCAGAGAUAUUAUUAAUAGUGGAGAAAACAUAGUUCAAGUUUUUGUUUAUUGUGUAUUAAGGACAAGUUAAAAAUUAUAUCAGCUACGACAUCUGAUAAUAAAAGGGGAUAAUUAGGUGGUAGACAAAGCUCUUUGUACAAUGUAAUAAAUAUGUUGAUUGCUACACCAUACAAUACCAAUUACAACACAGUCAGCCACGCCCACACAGAAUCUAACUUUGAAUCUGAAUCUGAGGAAUAAUGAUAUUAAUUACGAUAAACCAGGCACAGAAAUGCAUUUGAAACCAAACCAAUUCUCACAUUUAGCAUUAAAGAGCAGAGUGCGCGGAGGACGAAACGAGAACCGUAGAUGGAGUUUAGUAAAUGAAUACAGAGUCUUUUAUGUAUAAAAAUCAAAUACAUAUCAAUAUAUGGCCUAUUGUUUAUUUAGUUUAAUUAUAUAUUAUGGAUAACACACUCGAACGCAGCUGGUGUGUGCAGUAAGGCUCUGAUUUAUGACUUUUUAAGUAGGCAAUUUGUAUAAAUUAAGCAGCAAGCACACACAAUACAAGCAGAAACCAAACAGAAAUAUAAGAUAAAUAAUAAAAACAAAGGGAAAACAAAACGGAGAACGGAAAAAAACAAAACAAAUUGUGGUUAAAUAUGUGUUCUUACUUGUUAGUGGUAAUAAAACAAAGGUAAAAAGAUACAACUGUAAUUAUAACUGUUAGCUUUUAAUCAUGCCAAGCAUUUUGCGUUGAUUCCCCCCCGUCUUAUCAGUUGGACUUGUCGGUUUGAUUUCCAGUUAGAACACACGGAUUAGCUUAAUUGCAAGUUGUAGUUGCUCCACACCAACACACCAACACACACACACUGGACACUUGACACCCACGCAGACACAGACAGGUGCCCGUUUGAGUUAUCUGUAAUGGCUA